AUGGGUUCCAAUACGAUGAAGUCCUUAACACUAUCUCAAAAAACAAGUCAUCUGCUCGACCAAGAAAUGAGUUACUCGGCGGGCGGAUUCCAACCAGUCCCAGCAAUGUUCGAAAGGGCACAAGGCAGCAAACUCUGGGAUGUAGAUGGAAAAGAGUACAUCGACUUCAUCUCCAUGUUCAGUGCCUCAAACCUUGGACACAGCCCACCCUACAUCGUUGAAAGAAUGACCAAGCAAAUGCACAAAGCAAGCAUGAUCAAUCUCGCUGGCCACAAUGCAUCGUGGCCGCCAUUCGCCGAAAUGAUGUGUCGCAGAUUCGGGUACGACAAAAUCAUUGCAAUGACAUCUGGCACUGAAGCCGUGGACACUGCUUGCAAAAUUGCGCGUAAAUGGGGCAUCCAGUCGAAGGGCAUAAAUGCAGAAAACUGCGUCAUUCUAGGGGUUGGGAGCUCAUACCACGGCCUCGGGUCUGGGGUCUGGAGUCUGAUGGAUCCAGGACCUUCGAGGUCAGAAUACGGAUUGAAUAGCAAAACUGCAAUGAAUGUGAAUCCCUCUACUGGGGAGAGUCUCGCAUACCUAGAUCUAGACGCGAUGAAGCGGUGCCUGGAGCAGGAACACCAACGAGUAGCAGCAGUCAUUAUGGAGUGCCUUCACGGGACGUCUCGAACUGUGGAAGAGGAGGUUAUCUACGCCAGGGGCGUGUAUGACCUUUGCAAGAAGCACAACGUGCUACUGCAAGCCGAUAUUGUGACUAUGGGAAAGUCCAUCACAGGUGGGCUUUAUCCUCAGUCGUUUGUCCUUGGUGUUGCAAAUGUGAUGUCCCUCGUGGGACCGUACCAGAUGGCAUCUAGUUAUGCGUCAACACCGCUGGCAGUUGCUGCAGCCGAAGCAACUUUUGAGAUGAUUGACAACGAGAACUUGAUGGAUCGGGCAAUGGAAUUGGGUAAACGGUGGAGAGCCAUCGUGGAGAGCUGGAACCAUCCCAAGGUGAACUAUGUUGCAUCCAUAGGCGCGGACUCAAACUUGUUCUUGAAGGAUACGAAUGUGUCACGACUUGCGGCAUUAUGUAUGCACAAAGGAUUAUUUACCUAUCCGCGGCCGGAUGGCCUUCGACUUAGCUUCCCGAUGACUCUGACAGUCGAGGAAUUGGAGGCGGGGGCUGCCAUUAUUUUGGAGGCACUGGAUGAGAUUGAUCAGUAUGAUGGCAUAGCUGGAGAACGCUUCCCAUGUUAG